AUGAUUUUGAUAGUCUUUGAGAAGUAUCCACUGCAGCCAGAUGGAUUGUUUACGGUAACGUCGAGGGAUUUAUAUCUCCUGAAUAUCAGCGCGACACCCGACAGAACUCCCGUAUACGUGGAUCCUUUCAGGCUGCUGGCAUUCGCUAUAAUAGAUGCGACUAGCGGUUGUACGAUUCCUCGUGUCCUAGGGCCCAGAAAAUUGGAAAACACUGAUCUCCGCGAGAUUAAAGCGACUCUCAGAGGAGAGGGAGUGGUUGGGAAGAUUGACAAUUGGUUCACUUUAGCUGCUCUGCCGCCCAAAACCACAACAUCAAAAACUAGGCGCCCUUGA